ACUGCUGGCUGAUACUUAAUUAUUGUCCAUUAGGAUGCCAAGAUUCCUCUCAAAGUUAUUUUAUUGGAGUAGCAGUUCAUUCUUCCUAGAAUAAGAAAAAGUGACUUUCCAAAGUCACUGUUAGCUUUGUGCCUAAACAGAACUAGAAUUCAUAGUAUCUAGUUUCUAUCCCACUGCCUUUAAUCACUUAAUCACAUUGGUUCUCCUCAGUGCCAUAUUAAAUCCAAAGUAUUUAUAUGUGUUACUAUAUUUGUUAAGUACCCCACUCUUACAUUUCUGCGUGAUAUACAGAGUGAAACAUACCUAACUUGCAAAAGGCUCUGGUAACCAUGAAGAUGGUAGAGGACAGGAAGACCUGGAGGAACAUUGUCCAUGGGGUCGCGAUGUGUCAGACACGACUUCGCAACUAACAACAACAAACCAUGAAAGUAUGAACUUACAAGCUACACUGAAUCCUUCCACCAAGACAUGGAGAUUGCAAUCACCCCAAACUCCAAAAAGUCCAACAGCAGCUUCCAAAUGUCAUUCAAGAGUUUGUAAAGGGCUUCUGCUGGGCAGGUUGGUGAACAUUAAACCAGCAGCUGCCCCAACUUGUCCGUAAUUCCACACAAGACAUGCAACCAGUUAUCUUCAAAGCAGCAUCCCUUGCUAUGACCACAGUCUCACAAAUUAACACAGGUACCGAACUCCUCAAUUUUGCAAGAACAGAAACUCAGGACAGCAGAUAUCUGAUGACUUUUUAUGCCUUUUGCUCCCCAGCCAGGUCUUAGUAGUACAUGCCAGGUCUCUAUUCUUGACCAUCAGUAUAUUAUAAAUGGGCAAUCUUUCGGUACUUCCAAGGUACCUCUAGCACCAGCUACCUAGGCCCAGUUUGGGAGCCUCUGCUUGUAGAAUUAUUCUAUAAUCUACAACACAAUGCCUCUAAUAUUGAAAAGGAAUAUAUUUUAACUUGAUAGUCAAUAAAACCAAAUUCAGCAUAUAUGAAUUAUAGAUGCAGGAAAUUUCAGAGAGACAACCUCUAAAACCAGCAUCUUUCACACUGUAGUCUAUCUGCAACCCUCUAUGAUAAAACUUCCGCUGUACUUUAAAUUGAAGAGUGCUUCCCCCUGGCAGCUAGCUACUUUAUUAUCGCGUGAUCUAGUUUCAAAUAAAAAGCUCCAUCAACAACGUUACAUUGGCAAACCAGAAUGAUCAAGCUCUCUCGGGGGACUUUUAGACCGACCCCCCCCUACCCCCGUCCACUCGAUAGUGGGGCAAGAAUCCAUUUUAUUGCAAGAAUGUUUGUUUUUCACUUGCUUUUUAAGCCUACAGCAAUUCUGUUUUUCUUUGGACGAAAACCGCGUUAUCUCGCAUAGCGAUCGUCAGUCCUGUAACGCCCACUAACCGAGUUCCCCUGCCCUCCCCCCCCCGGUCUGCCGCGCCCCCGCCCCGCAAAGUUACGGUGUUUGAUUUCGUGCGUUUCAGUUUACGUUUGGCCGCAAAGAGAGGAGAGAAAGAGCCGUAAUACCAACGCGCGCUGGCGACCGAAGGCGAAAAUCCUAAAGCGACAGGCAGCAUUUAACAACCAUGGAAAACCUGCUGAAAUCUGAACUGAAAACCACCGUUUUGAAGCUCUUGGGUGGCUCAAGAGGAGGGUGCAUAUGCCAGGGACAAGCCUACGAAACCGACGGAGGACGAGUGUUUGUUAAAAGCCACAACAAGCCCCAGGCUAGGAUUAUGUUUGAAGGUGAAAUGGCAAGUUUGAGAGAAAUUCAGAAAACCAACACUAUACGAGUUCCCCAGCCAAUUAAAGUGAUGGAUCUUCCUGGAAGUGGAGCCGCAUUUGCUAUGGAGUACAUAAAAAUGAGAAGCCUCAACAAAUACUCAGCAAAACUUGGAGAACAAAUGGCAGAUCUUCACCUUUGCAAUAAAGAAAAUGGGGAAAAACUAAGAAAAAAAGAACAAACAAUUGGAGUAGGCCAGAUGGAACCUAAUUAUGUGGAUAAAUUUGGAUUUCAUGAGGUCACCUGCUAUGGCAAUAUAACUCAGAUCAAUGAGUGGCAAAACGACUGGCCUACUUUUUUUAUUCGACACCGCCUCCAAGCCCAAAUGGAUUUAAUAGAAAGGGAUUAUGGAGACAGAAAAGCAAGAGAGUUGUGGGAACAGUUAAAGCCAAAGGUUCCAGAAAUGUUUCAUGGCUUGGAAAUAAUUCCUGCACUUGUUCAUGGUGACCUGUGGUCAGGAAAUGUAGCUGAAGAUGACUAUGGACCAAUUGUCUUUGACCCAUCUUGUUUCUAUGGUCAUUCAGAAUUUGAACUUGCAAUUGCUAUGAUGUUUGGGGGAUUUAAUAGCUCUUUCUUCUCUGCAUAUCACAGCAAAAUCCCUAAGGCUCCAGGUUUUGAGAAACGCAAUGCCCUUUAUAAGUUAUUUAACUAUAUAAACCACUGGAACCAUUUUGGUACAGAAUUUCAGGGACCUUCUCUUAAUGUAAUGCAAAGCCUUUUGAAAUAAUUAUCAUGCAAUGUCAUUCUUAUUAAGUGAUUCCCUGUUUGGUACCUGCUGCUACAAUGUAAUGCAUCAGAAACGUUACUUAAAAGAUAGAAAGAGUUAAAUUGGUGAGAUAUACAUCUGCUUCCUCACAAAUUCUUGUAUUGGCUGUUGGGACUUAUGGAUAGUCAACUGGAAAAAAAACUUGUGGAAGAUCAUUUUCGUGCAUGGUAACUGCAGCAAGAUUACUAUAUGUACAAAGAUGGAAAGUUUCUGAAAUGUCCAUGAUGGUUAGUGAAUAUGAUGAAUUUACAGAAAUGGCAAAACUUACUUGUUUGAUUAGGGAGAAGACAAGUACAAUUAUGAUUGUCUGGAAACGCUUUAUGGACAUUUUGCUGAAAACUGGAAAAAUGUGAACUGGUGAUUGAUGGAGUUGAUGAUUAGAAAGGGAAGAUAUGGGAAGAAAGGAAUUAUGCUAUAACCUUGAAGAGGAAGAAGGUAAAUAUUUUGUAAUUGCUAUUAAGAAAAUUGGAAGCCAAUCCUUUAUACAUAUUCUUUUUCUUCCUUUUCAUUCUUCUAUCUUUUUUUAUUUAGUCACUUGCUCUGAUUCCUUUUUUACUCUUUAUUUUGUUUACUUUUAUGUUUGCUUCUACUAUUGUAUAAAAUACUAAAUUUUAUACAACAAAAUUUAAUAAACUCACAAACUCACACAUGUAUUGGCCUUGUGGGUUAGUAUAAACAUUUAGAGCUGAAACUUAUGCUAUUGUUAUUUAAUCCUUCAAAGAUUCAUGCAAGGCUUAUGGAUAGAGGCAAUGCUUCUAAUAUUUUAAUUUUAAUUCUUAUUGACUCAGUGUAGUAGCCUAAAAGAAAUCAUGGAUAAUGAAAUUUUACUCUUCAUAUCUUUUCAUUUUCUCCCCAUAUAAGAAAAAUUACAAUAAAAUUUUUAAAAAUAGAGAAUAUUAGUCACUGAUUUCCAUACCACUUCAGGAUUCAUUUGACUGCUGUGCUGCAUUUAUAUACUAUAUCUCAUUUGAAAAAAUUAUUCUAAGUUCUCCUUUCCAUUAGAAAAUAAAGUUGCAUUGUUAUUUUAUAACAAUAGAUUUUUGAGGUUUAGAAUUUUUAGCAUCUCCAAAAAAGCUUUACAAUAGGAUGUUGAAAAUAACAAUCUUUGAAAUGUAUAUUAAAAAUGCUUAUGUGAUAAAUGAAAUAUAAAUGAUUUGAGAGAAAAUUUAUUUAUAACAGUUGAUGGUUUCAGAAUUAUGCACUAACAUAGAUGAACUAUUUAUUGAAAUAAAAUAUUCAAUAUC